AUGAAAACCAAAACCAAAAAGCCUAUAAGCCAUUUAAAAACUGGACAUAGAAAAUCAAAUUCCAUUCUCGUCAACAUACGUUCAAAUCCUCAUUAUAUUGGCAAACGUCCAAAUAAACACGAGGAUGCAACGAUUCAAAAGCCUGAAAUUUCCAAGAGGUUUCAAUCAAAAAACACAAUUAAUGUUAGCCAUGUUAAGAAAAUUACUAAAAAACAAACAACUGUCAAUAAGAGACAAGUAAAAAAUUUUGAUACGUUAAUUUUGAAACGUAAAAAUCAAACUUGCAAUAAGUCAAACGCUAAGAUAUCUACUAAAAACAAAUCAAAUUCAAUUAAUGUAGAAAUACCAUCCGAAGCAGACAAACAUAUGAACGAAAUAAUAAAUAAUUCUGGUGAACAAGAAAAUGUAAGAAUUAACAAUUCUGAAACCCACCAGACGUAUCGAAAAAAGAAUAGAACUUCUAUCAUCAACAUCAACAUAUGUACAAAUCCUCAUUAUGUUGGCAAACGUCCAAAUAAACGUAUUAUUAUAAAAUUUUAUAAAGAUCUUUUAACAUUUGAUGAAGACGAGGAUUCGAGGAUUCAAAAGCCUGAAACUUUUAAGACUUUUCAAUCAAAGAAGAGAACUCAUCUCGACGACGUUAACGAUUCACGUAAAAAACUUAGACUAACAAAUAAAUAUGAAGAAAAAGUAAAUAAUUCUUAUACUCUUAAUUCAAAUCGUAAGAAUAAAAUUCCUGACAAGUCAAACGUCGAGAUAUCUACUGAAAACAAAUCAAAUCCAAUUAAUGUGGAAAUACCAUCCGACAAUGUCAAUCAUAUGAAAAAAUUAGUAAAUAACAUCGAACUAUUUAACAAUGUUGAUGGCAUAAAUAAUUUUGAUACACCAACUGAUAAUCCUACAAAAAAUAAAAGGUUAUCUACGAAUAGCUCUACAAAGAAAAUUUCUAAGAAAAAACGAUCAAAAUGA